UUUGCCGAAUGACCCUAGCAAGUUGCCCCAACAGAAAUAAGAGGAAGAUUUAAUGAGGAAUGCAGAGGUUAUAUAUUUUAAAUAUUUGUAAUUUAUUGCCUUCGUAAAAGAAAUUGAUGAGAAUGGAUCAAACCCCAAGCACAACUUCUGAAACGUCUCGUAAGAAACCUCCAGUUUGUCUGUUAGUAUUGGGAAUGGCAGGAAGCGGUAAAACAUCUCUAGUCACUAGAUUAGCGGAUCCGGCUGGUAGCAAUAAGCCCUAUGUGAUUAAUUUAGAUCCUGCUUGUAUUAACUUGCCAUACUCCGCCAAUAUAGACGUAAGAGAUACUGUCAAUUACAAACAAGUGAUGAAACAGUAUAAAUUAGGACCCAAUGGAGCCAUUGUCACUUCUUUAAACUUGUUUUCAACAAAAUUUCCGGAAGUUAUGGGAUUUAUUGAGAAAAUACCAAACGAAUUUUGUGUAUUAGAUACUCCCGGCCAAAUUGAAGUUUUUGCAUGGUCUGUAUCAGGGUCAAUUAUAACUGAGGCUUUGGCGUCAAGUUUUCCAACAGUGAUCCUUUAUGUGGUGGAUUGCGUCAGGAGUACUGCUCCAGUCACGUUUAUGUCCAAUAUGCUCUAUGCUUGUUCAAUUUUGUACAAAACGCGACUGCCUUUUAUAGUUGUCAUGAAUAAAGUAGAUAUAGUAGAUUACUCAUAUGCAAAAGAUUGGAUGACUGAUUUUGAAAGUUUCCAUGAAGCUUUGGAGGCCGAUGAAAGUUAUAUAAGUAAUUUAACAAGGUCUAUGGCUUUGGCACUAGAUGAGUUCUACAAAAAUUUAAAGGUUUGUGGAGUUAGCGCUGCAACAGGACAAGGAAUGGAAGAGUUACAUAAACUGGUAGAACAAUGUAGAAUUGAAUAUGAAAAUGAAUAUCGCGAUGAAUGGGAGAAAAUUAAAGCUCAGAGUGAAAAGAAAAAAAAAGAGAAGGAAAAGCAAAAAAGUGAUGACCUGAAGGAAUCUUUGUUGACAGUGGUGCCAUCUGGUGCCGAACUUUCUGACGUUUACCUACGUCAUGGGGAUAGUAGUGAAGAUUCUGAGGGAGAGGAAGAACCAUUCACACCCGAAGUAGACUUGGAGGAAGAAAACACUUUCAGGAAGGUGUUGCAACAACAAAAAGAAAUGCAGUUGAAAAGAGCAAGGGAAGCAGAUGAAAAGAAAAAGGCAAAAGAAGCUUGUGGAUAAUGUUUUAUUUUUUGUUUUUAAUAAUUAUUAAAGAACAUAUGUGGA